AUGGCCAGUGGCCGAAACCUAACCGCCACCGAUAGCCAUAAGUUAAUAAAGAAACUAAUGACCAUGGAAGAGGUAUCGGAGUUGUCGGAGACUGAAAAGCGGAAGUUGCUCCGCGACAGAAGGAAGCAAAAGUUCUCUAACGGGGGUGCUUCGUCUAGAUUAACCAAGAUCACAAAUCAACCAAGCGGUGGUGUUAUGUCUACAGAGACCUUUUUGGAAGAUGAGCUUCCAUCAAGCACCUCUAAGAGUGACCAAUCAGUUAUUCCCAACGUGGAAGAAUCUACUAAAGAGAUGGAUACUUUAUUGGCGAAUGUUGGCAAACCUGCAGAGACUAGAUCUACCAAGACGAAUCCUGAAGUUGCUCUGCUACAACAGUUGAUGGGCAUGCAAGAGGAAUUCAGAGUGCCCAAAGAUGAUAAUACACCUGAUUUAUUUUCUCAGAUGUUGAAUCAAAGUGCAAAAACACAAACAAUGCGCUCGCCAGAUGCAGAUCUGGUGGAUCAAUCCAAAGUUACGAUGCACACGUAUCAAGCCAGAAAAUUAAAAGCAUACACGUAUUUAAUCAGAUGGCUACUUCUACUACCACUUGUGUACCACAUGAUGCUACCCACUCCGUCAACGUUGCCUCUGAUCUCUUCGUUGACUCGUUUUUUUGUCGACAAGCCCAACUUCUUCAUGAUUUUCAGCACCUUUGAAGUCAUCUCUAUUAGUAUUUACUACCAAGCAUUACUAAAACUAGAAAGAACGAACAAGGUAAAUACCCUAUCCAACACAAGCAAAAUUGUUACUUGGGCUGGCUUGGUGCCUGAAGGCGUCCUGCCCAUAUCUAAUAUCCCAAGAAAAAUCAUGCUAGCCAUGCAUUACUGGGAUAUUCUAUCCAUGUACUUGACAGAUUUAUCAUUCUGCUUGAUCAUCGCUGGCCUAUUGGGAUACUACAAUGCUCUGUAA